GAGGAUCGUGGUGGGGAUGCUAGAGGGUGGCGGGGAAUGUUGUUAUAUAAGGGUGUCUGGCUGGAUCCUCCCCCUCAGUGCAUAUACCUACGUCGAACGUACAGGAGGAUUUUUCUCUUAACUAUAGUUCUGGUGUCGUGGACGAGGAGCCAAGCUAAAACGAUAAUCAUGAUGCUAAUCCCAUGCUUCGCAACACUUCUAUUUCUGUUUGAGCUGAGUGGAAAGCGGGGUGUGAACGCAGAAACGGACAAAGAUCUCCACGAUAUAUGCAAGAGGCUGUACGACUUCGGAUUAGGAAAGCGCGCCGCAUACAGCUAUGUGUCUGAAUACAAAAGGCUCCCCGUCUACAAUUUCGGUUUGGGAAAGAGGGCAGCCGGUGAAAAGACGUACUCCUUCGGCCUGGGAAAACGCGACUACGACAUGGAUGAGGAAUACGACGACGAGAUGAGGGACGACUUCAACAAGCGCGGAAGGCAGUACGCCUUCGGCCUAGGAAAACGUCUCCCCAAACAGUACAGCUUCGGCCUUGGGAAAAGACCCGAAGGGAAAAUGUACUCCUUCGGAUUGGGGAAACGGUCACAGAUGGCCGAAUCGGACGACUACGAUUCUAUUGAGAACGGAAGGGGUAUGGAAGAGAAAAGGACAAAGUCUGGAAAGGACCUCAGAUACAUGUUUGGCAUAGGAAAACGCGAUGUGGACGAAGACGAACGUGCCAGGCAGGAACGGAGCAUGCACUACAACUUUGGCUUGGGCAAAAGGAUUGCAAACAUGCAGGAAAAGGACACCACACAAUCUGCCCUCGUCAAUUAACUUCAAAUAUUUUUAUUCUUUUGUGUGUUUCGUUUACCCGAGAAAAAUCUCCAAUAAUUAUCAAUUUUUCAUCCAUAGCACUUUCAAAAUUGUUUGCCAAUGUAUAAGAUUAAAGUCUUAGAUCGAACAUAUGUGUUGUAGAAAAAAAAGAACUUAAAUAUUACAAUAAUAUAAACAGUAAAUGUGACAAACCUAUUACAAUCAAUUUUUAAUAAGUUUGUUUUGGAUGUAAGUAAAAAAAAGAAAAGAAAAGAAAAAGAAAAUGAACUUACUAAUUCGUAUUUAUGCUAAAAUACAAAUUAUUCAAGAAUAUAUUUAUUUAUUUUAUUGUAUAGUGAACGUUUUGUUACAGCAAUGCUCGUUGUUUAACCAUGUAUUUUCAAGCAGUUAUUAAACAUAAUUAUAUAGAUGUUCCAU